ACCGAUUUCGCUACAGACUCUCUGGAGAGCCUUGGAGCAGAAUUCCCGAAGAUUCCCACAUCAUCGAUGAAAGCAAAGCCAAGCCACCCAGCCGUCAGCAUGUCCACCUCGCUGCGAGUGAGCCCGUCCAUCCGAGGCUACCACUUCGACACGGCCUCCCGCAAGAAAGCCGUGGGCAACAUCUUUGAAAACAUAGACCAAGAAGCGCUCCAAAGGCUCUUCAAAAACUCGGGGGACAAGAAAGCAGAGGAGAGAGCGAAGAUCAUUUUCGCCAUCGAUCAGGAUCUGGAGGAGAAAACGCGAGCCCUGAUGGCCCUGAAGAAGAGGACGAAAGACAAGCUCUUCCAGUUUCUGAAACUGGAGAAAUAUUCCAUCAAAGUUCACUGAGGACCAGGAGAUGGAUAAGGACCUUAUCCAAGAAUGGACGUUUAAAGAGCACCUGAGUCCGCGAGACCCUAAUACACACACAGCAUCUCGUGGUUGCUGCCUUGCAAGUUUCUCUUGCACCAGGACCUGAGGACUCUGAAGCAGGAAAGGAGCAGAUGAACUGGUUACAAAGACUCCGAUCAACUUCACGUCUGUGCUGUGAUAGCCGCUGUGACAGCGGAGAAAGAAAUGCUUGCAGCCGGCACUGGAAAAUUCUCCCCCGGGAAAGGACUGAUGCUCACGUUGGGAGAAAAGUCUGGACAGAUGUAAUUGUAAUGAGAAUUCAAUAUAACAGAAGGCUGGAGAAGAAUUGCAGCCAGGGUCUUAGAGUCAGACCCUAGGACUUAAACUCAACCCGAACUUUUUUUUUUUUUUUUUUUUCCUUUAAGCAAACUGGGUGGCGGGAGGGAGAUGGGAGAGAAGGCACAGGAGAGAGACUUUCACAUGGCAAUGGUUUACCGAAUUUUUUAUUUGAAUGUUCAAAAUAUUGCCAAGCUUCAGUGUUGUCUAUGGGUCGUUUUUUUAAGAGAUCAGUGAUUGAUCAUUUAUUUGCAUUUAUUACAAUGCCUUAAAAGUGCACCGCAGGGGUGGAGGUACAAAUUUAAGGAACUGUGGGGUUUUCAGCAGCUCCGUGAAACCGUACGCCACCUUCUGGUUAUUAAGGGUUUUUUAUGCAUUUCACUUCGGUUGCACAAGUUAAAUGAUGGGGUCCUUCAUAAAUCCAAAAUACUGUGAAUGAACUUUACAGUUUUUUUUUAAAUCUUCUAACUAAUGCUAAAAUAUAACCUAAAUUUCUCUUAGCUACUGCAGUAAGCAUUAGGAAGUGAAUAUGAUACACUUAAUAGUUUAUAAAUAUGCUACGGUUUCUAUAAUUUAUUAUACAUGACAAAUGAUAUGCAACCUUAAUAAAUUAUUAUAAACGUAGCUGUUCUUGGUGUGUGAUGAUUGAUCUCAAAGGAAAAAGAAGGUGGUAAUUUUUAUUCUUAUAAACUUUUCUAAGGAUUUUACUCUAGGAAUACAAGGUACUUUUGAAGUAACUUUAGAUCAAUUGUCAUACUUAUUCAAAGCAAAUUCUUACAUAAAGUAUAUAGAGAGUUUCUCUGCCCUAACUUUAAAAUAUAAGAUACCAACAUAGAAAUUCAUGGGUUGACAUCAGUAUUGUUGUUUAUGUGUCCACGGAGGGUGAGUUUUAAAAGGCUUUUCUCUCCAUAUUUUUGAAAAUUUUCCUCUCUGGCUAUAGUAGCUGUGUACAUUUAUUUCUCCCCAAACAAUAUACUUGGGGGUUAGAGUCUGAAUUAUGAUCAAGAUUUUGUGGAUUAUCAAUGUUUAUUUAAUACAAACCAAUAUGGGAAUAACAUUAUGGUCUCUGCCCAUUUCCUCAUAAAUUUAUAAUAAAAUAUUUCUAAGAGGGCAUACAUCAAUGCCUGCUGCACCUGACCAGCAGAAAGAAUUAAAAAAAAAAUCCCUAGAAAUUGUUUCAGAAACAUCUACACAGCUUUUUUGAAACUGCUGAUCCUAGUAAAACAAAAGUGAAAGAUCUGAAAUCUUUGGGGAGAGUUAUAAGUCAGGUUUUUAAAGAACACAAUAAAGGCGAUAAAGUGGUCCAAUCUA